GCCGCCAUUUUGACUUCCCGACCUUGGGCUAUUGCUGGCCGCUGUCUGCAGUCAUUCCGUGCGGUCAUGUCUGUGCUGGUGCCGCAGCUGCUGAGGGGCCUAACAGGCCUCACCCGGCGGCUCCCGGUGCAUCGUGCCCAGAUCCAUUCCAAGCCGCCGCGGGAGCAGCUCGGGACUAUGGAUGUUGCCGUUGGGCUCACCUCCUGCUUCCUGUGUUUCCUCCUGCCAUCGGGCUGGGUCCUGUCACAUCUGGAGAGCUACAAGAAGCGGGAGUGAAGGGGGCUGUCCUGUCCCUCACCCUGUGACCUGACCACCCCUGGCCUGUCCUGAUCAUGUCUGCUGCAUUCCUGGCCGGCCUUCCAUGGAUCAUGUCCUUCAAUUACAGUGACCUCUUCUACAAUCAUGACCUCUUGAUUUCUCCAUGGUGACAUCCUGGGACCAAACAUAUUGGUUUAUAAGGCCCCAUUCAGUAGGGCCCUCCUUGUCACAAUAAAGUCUAUUUAAACCUUG